GGCGAUGGGCUGCUCCCACUGGUUCAGGACUCCCUUCCUCCCCCUUCUCCGCAUCGCUGAGGUCUUUGGACUCGGAGCGGAGUCAGUUCGGCAGCCCGGACCGACCCGCACCGCCCCGGACCAACCGGACCUUCCCCAGCCGACCCGCACCGCCCCGGACCAUCCCCAGCAGACCGCCCCGGACCAACCGGACCAUCCCCAGCCGAUCCGCACCGCCCCGACCGACCGGACCGUCCCCAACCGCCCCGCACCGUCUCGGACCGACCGGACCGCCCCGCACCGUCUCGGACCAUGAGUCUGCAGCUUUACCUCGACCUGUUCUCGCCGCCCUGUCGCUCCGUCUACAUCUUCGCCAGGAACAACAACAUCGGCUUCGAGUUCAAAUUCGUCAGCCUGGCGGCAGGCCAGCAGUACGGUGAGGAGUUUGAGAAGGUGAACAUGCUGAGGCUGGUGCCUGCUCUGAAGGAUGGGGACUUCGCGCUGGCCGAGAGUGUGGCCAUCCUGAAGUACCUGGCUGGUAAAUACCAGACCCCCGACCACUGGUACCCCUCUGACCUGCAGCAACGGGCCCGUGUGGACGAGUACCUUGCCUGGCAACACUCCAACAUCAGGUUCCAUGGACCCAGGGUCUUCAUGUUCAAGGGCCUGCUGCCUGCGUUGACAGGGCAGCCAAUUCCCAAGGAGCGGAUGGACGAGGCAGUGGAGGAUCUGCAGGCUUCGAUCCAACUGCUGGAGGACAAGUUCCUGCAGGACAGGCCAUACAUCGCCGGGCAGGAGGUGUCUCUGGCGGACCUUGUUGCAGUCGUCGAGCUGAUGCAGCCUCUGGGCGUGGGCUUCGAUUCAUUCAGCGGCCGGCCCAAGCUCACGGCCUGGCGGGAGCGGGUCAAGGUAGCCCUGGGCAAGGAGCUGUUUGAUGAGGCCCAUGAGCCGCUGAUGAAGAUUGAAGAAACUUGGAGUAAUUUGGACCGUCAGUCUCCGAUAAUGCAACGUGUGGCGAUGAGACUGCAGAAAGUGUACAAGUGACAGAGCCAGGGAGACUGUGCCCUGGGGCUCCUGCUGACGGUAACUUCACCUGAUAGCUCCAAAUACUUCCUGCAAUCAAAUAAAGUGCUUAAAGAGAGAAAA